AUGAGUACAUGCGUCCACGUUUCGCUCACUUCCGAGUUCCAUGCUCAAAUCACGCUUGCAUCAAGUAUUCGAUAUUUCUGUUUCGUCGCAAAUCGUCGACGCAGCGAUUCGCGCAGCUUUAUUGAACAGGAAACAAAAUGGUUGUCCCUGGAUGACCUCUUCACACGCUCAUUCCUAAAGUUCACUGAAAUUGUCACGUACAAUGAGCAAUUCCGUCCGAAAUCCAACACAUUCCUCUUUCGUGGCUAUCGACAAGACCGCAUUCGACAUCAGCAUGAUCCCUAUUACAGGAUGCGUUGCCAGAUGCUGUCGUCUCUCAUCUUCAGAUGGACAAGGGUGCUGGACUCGGACUGUAAUGAUCCCAGGGAUCGCCUCCAGUCAAGUGUGCGUUACCGAUUUGCACGGAUAAAGCGGGACGAAUCGAAGUUUCCCGACUUGUUGACCAGGUUAGCUUUUCCUCCCUGCAAUUCUUUCAUGACGUACAAAACCAAGCUCGACAAAGCCUGUAUAUCGAAUAGAACAGCAAGUACAUGCAUCUGCAGCAGACAGAGUACUCUCCCGGGCCAGCAUCUGGAACAAGCCCGUAACGGGAGAGUACGAUGCAGUACGCUAAAUCGGAGGACGGCAUCGACGGGAGCCUUCUUUGCCCGUCAAGGGCAGGUACCGGGCGAUGCUGCGGGCGUUCAAACUCCAUACGGUGAUCACCGGAGAAUGCCAUAUAGAGUGAAUGUAUGGGAGCACCUGGCGACGUUCCAAUGUCACCGCUGCAGAGUGCCUACCAAGGCCGUUUGCACAGCACAGGAACGCGUGCAACCCAACAGAAAUCGCAAAUUCCUUCUGUACAUAAAAUGCAUGAACAAUACCCGGAACGGCAGAAAUCGAGACCUGAGCGCUUCCAUCAGCGUCUUCAGCUGUUGCCAAUGGAGCUAG